ACAUCACGUCCUUCCUUACUUGCAUGUAUUUAUUUUGAAAGGCAACUGUUUAUUCAAAGUCGCCUUACCUAGCCUACCGACACUCUGAAGUCGUGUCUCUGAAACUUAAGAGAAGCUUGCGUAUACAUGCAAACAGGCUUUGUAUGCCUGCGUAGCGCCGACCGGGAAACCACGCCCUCCUUUUUGCAUCCCAGCCCCUAAGGAUAUUUUUAGAGAUGAUGUUCACCGUUAAGCAACGAAACGGAAAAGAGAUCAUAAUCACCGAGGGCCAGAAAGACGUGGGGUGACAAGUCCUCUUGUUAAACAAAAAACGGGAACUAGGAUGGAUAUUGUUAUAUGGACUAUCGUGUUUCUUAGCAGCGCACCUAACCUGAAAGGUGAGUCCAACGCCACCUCUGGCUCACCCCUAAAUGAGGUCAUCUCUGAUCACCUCCCCAUGACCCAAAAUAAUAUUGCUGUGGAGGCCGAGCCCACUCUGGCCACUGUGAACAUCUUUCCCCGUCACACUGACACUUCACACACAGUAGCCACAGGUCUCUCCCCUCCGUCGGAGCCUGUCUCCCCACAUGCUACCCUCGAGACUUGGACCGCUUCUCUCCAAGCCAGCACACCAUCAGCCUUGACAGGGCGCAUUACCAGUCCUAAUACAGAGUCACACACAGCGCAAGUGAAGGACACUACUGUUACACGAAGAUCUGUCACUACUCCUGCUUCUACUAUAUCAUCCUCCAGUCCCAGUGCAGAACAUCAGACCUCUUCUGCUCAAGCCACUAUUACCACCUCUGAGAUGGUCCCAUUGGUUCCUUCAUUUACUCCAUCUGGCCUAGUUUCUACUCUGACUGUACUCACAGACAACCCCGAGACCACCGGACUUGCUCCCUUGGAGAACUUCAAGCAGGACACACCCUCUGAACUGGAUGUGGGGGAUGAAGCCUUGGGCAGGGGACUUCCUGCUUCCCCGCUUGACCUGCUCCUUACUGGGCUGGUCUCCAUCUUCAUCUUCAGCACUGCUUUGCUCUCCAUCAUGCUCUUCCUCAGGUUUCGCCAGCAAAGCCAGCAUCCAGAGUUCCAUCGCCUUCAGGACCUGCCCAUGGAUGAUCUCUUGGAGGAUACACCAUUGUCAAGAUACACAUACUAAGAAGCUAUGCUCAGGACCACCAUUUUGUUAUUGAACAUUUGCAGGUCAGAAGCCUGCAGCAACAGUGGUUCAAGACUCACCCUUGAGCCAUGAACAAGCCACUUUCUGAAGGGUUUUUUUUGGUUGGUUUUCCCAAAAGGCCCGUCAUCAUCAUGUCUUACGUUUUAUAAAGUACGACAAGCUGUUUGGUCUCAGGUGGUUCAUUCAUAAAGUAAACAUGAACAGAACAUUUCCUAGACAUAAUUUCAGAGUCAUGAGAUGUGGGGAUAUACGAGGUGGCCACAGGGCCUUAGAAAGUCCCUUGAAGUGGAGUGAACAGACUGAGUUUGAGUGGGUGAAAUUCCUUGCCUUCUCUGGGAUGUUUUAUUGCUACUAUAUCAACCAGAUGCCACUGAGAUGUCAGGAAUAUGUUAUUUUCAUUAGUAGAGAAUGUUAAAGUUAAAUCUUUUUUGUACCUUUUGGUGUUGGUGAAUGCAUAACUGAAAUUACUUUCCUCUAAAGUAUCUAGAGGACUGAUCUGUAUUUUCUAGUUUAUUUGGAAGUAAUCUUUCAAAGGAAUUUAUUAUCCUUUAGGACUAAUAUAUAUCAGUAAUGAAUAGAUUUUUCUUUUGAUCUAUGUUUUCACAUUUUAGAAUUUAAAGUAAAUAAAAUGUUAAUUAUAAAACUAUGUUCAAUUUAAUAAAAUUCAUAUAUUAAAUGUAGUGCAACAAAUUCUUACUACCCUGUAAUUUGUGGUUAAAAUAGUGCCUAUUGUAUAUAUUGUGCCAAAUAUGUUGUAUUGUACAUGAGGAUAUCAGUAUACUGUACUGCACAGCUAUGUAAAUGGCAGACUUUUUUUAAAUGUGUGAGAAUUUUAAGUAAUUAAAAAAUAAAAAUUCUACAUGGGAAGUCUAUUGUUCAAA